CCCUGCUGCCGCCCUUGGGGUCCGAGCUGGGGCCGGCAGCCGCUACUCCUCUCACAGAGCUCCUAGCGGGAACGGUGGAGGAGGAAGCAGAAGAAGAUGCUCAGCCGGAAAGAAAGGAGGAUGAGGAGGAGCCGGAAGAAGAACUGGAGGAGGAGGUGCAAGAGGAGGAGGACGAGGGGCUGGUGCCGCGUCAUGAAGCCGCACUGGUGCGUGCGGAGCGAGCCGAGGCGGAUCUGCUGGCAGGUCCCACCGCUGCCGGAUUCGGCCCCGACAGCAUGGCCGCUCUCAUGCUGCCGCAACCCCCGCCCAACACCACCCAACAACCCACGUCGCCAUCUCCUUCUUCUGCUCCUGCACCCCCUGGUCCUGC